CAGCAAGUUUGAAUAUGUUGUAUUUUGCCAGUAUUUUUGAUGUUUCUGUAGUGAAGUCCUUGACUUCUGUUUUGAGCUACAUACAUUUCUUUUUUUGAAUUUGCGCUCUCUAGUGCUGUUGUAUAACAGUUCCUUGUUUUCCCCCAGCUGUUAUGACAGUUACAGCAGUUAGUACAUCAGUUAGUAAAGCAGUUAGUACAGCAGUUACAGCAGUUAUAACAGAUAGAGCAGCACUUUGUAUUUCACCUUGCAACAAGAAACAUUGUCUCAUGCUGGCAGCCCAUGCGAAUACUGAAAAGAUAUCCCAUGGCAGACUUUCAGCGUUUGCUUCUGCUGCUUCUCAUUGUGACUGCAUCAUAUGCCAAUGAACCUGUAAUCACCACCAAAUAUGGACAAAUUCGAGGGAAUUAUUUUAAUGUGAUAAAUGGUCAAAUUCAAGCAUUUCGUGGAAUUCCGUAUGCAAAGCCGCCGAUACUCGCUCGAAGAUUCCGACCUCCAGUGCCUAUGGAUAAAUGGGAUGGUGUAAGAAAUACCCAAACUUUUUCAAAGUCCUGCUUCCAGUUGCGAGAUGACAUGUUUAAAGGGUUUGAAGGUGCGGAGAUGUGGAAUCCAAACACCCCUGUGAGUGAGGACUGCCUGUACUUGAAUGUUUGGGCCCCUCUGUUCAAGACAUCCACACCCAGACCGGAAGAUCUUGUUCCUGUAUUAGUUUGGAUAUAUGGAGGUGCCUUUGUGUCAGGAACAUCCUCGCUGGAUCUUUAUCAAGGCCAUUUCUUGAGUAAAGCUUACGAUGUUGUUGUGGUAUCUAUGAAUUACAGACUGGGACCAUUUGGCUUUCUGGCUAUUCCUAACCACCCUCACAUCCGGGGAAAUCAAGGUCUACUGGAUCAGCGUUUGGCACUUAAAUGGGUGGUCGAUAACAUUGCUGCAUUUGGAGGUGAUCCUACCAAGAUAACAAUAUUUGGAGAGAGUGCUGGGGCAGCAUCUGUGGGGUUCCACCUGGUCUCUCCAGGCAGUCAGGGCCUCUUUCAAAGGGCUGUGAUGCAGAGCGGCUCCCCUAAUGCUGCAUGGGCCAUAGCAAAUAAAACUGAGAUAUAUGACAGAUCCUUUAAACUUUUAAAAUUGAUAGGCUGCCCUGUGGAUUAUCCUCCUCUUCUGGUGACUUGUUUAAUCAAUGCUGAUGCUGAAAAGAUGUCAAUCAAGCAAUAUGAAAAUCUUGUACCGCCUUCAGUUUUGUCUGUGCCAUUUGUCCCACAUAUUGAUGGAGACGUCAUACCAUCUGACAUAGAAACGUUGCUAAAAAGCACUACUCUUCCCAAAAAAGAGCUGUUGAUCGGCUUGAAUAAAGAUGAAGGAACUUACUUUCUUUUUUAUGUAAUGCCUGGUUUCACUCACCAGGGGGAAAAUUUUGUCAACAGGAAGGACUUUAUGAAAGGUUUAUCACUAGUACUCACAAAUUCAAGUGAGAUUGUUAAAAAUACCACUCUUUCUCACUACACUGAUUGGCAAGAUGAAAACAAUAUGAAGACCAACCGUGAUGAAAUAGGUAGGAUGGUUGGAGAUGCGCUGUUUAAUUGUCCUGUGAUGGACUUCGCUACUCGGUAUGCAGAACGUGGCGGAAAGACCUUUUUUUAUUUUUUUGACCAAAUGUCAUCCGGAAAUCCCUGGCCAAAAUGGGCAGGUGUUAUGCAUGGCUACGAGAUAGACUUUAUCUUUGGAAAUACUAUGAAUGCGUCCCGUAACUUCACAACGGCUGAAGUCGACGUGUCCAAGAAAGUUAUGAAGCACUUUGCCGACUUUGCCCGGACUGGAAAUCCAGGUUUUAAUGGAGGUUCGUGGCCAACGUUUUCUGCUAACAAUCCAGUGUAUGUCAUUUUGAAUGACAAUAGCAGAGGAGUAAAGAAGAAUUUAAAAGCUAAAGAGUGUUAUAUGUGGAAUACUUUCCUGCCUAAAUUACAGAACAUGUCAGAUUCCAGGCCAAAGUGCGGUACAAGUGGGAUUGUUCAACACAAUUGGGUGUUCCUUCUUAUUUUGUUAGUUAUCAGUUUAACACAUUGAAUGAUCUCCUGCUCUCUAUUUAGUUCAAGUGUUAAAUGUCUAAUGUGUAACAGGUGGGUGCUUGCUUUUCUUAAAUAUCUCAAAUAUUCUCAGAGCACCACCUGAAGGCUGUAGGUUGAUUCUCGGGGCACUAUAGCCUGUUUUACUUAAGGGUUCACUGCAAAGCAUAGUUUGAAAAAGGCCCUUCAGUAUGUGUGUGCAAAAAAAUCUAUAUUUUUACACUGUUUGAAUAACUUGCUUCCUAUACCGAUUAGAAAUGGUUUAUAAAGUGGUUUAUUAUUAAAAUAGGUUUAUGCUAAGUGCCUUUGA